AUGGACUAUAAAAUUAAGGUAUGCAAGAUAGAUCAUAGGCUGAUUUUCUGAAUCUUUUUAUGCCUCAAUGCUAUUGCUCUUGGGUGCAUGAUUGCAACUUUAUUUGUACCUAAUUGGUCCUCUUUUAGUUCUUCUAGCAGUGAUAUUAGUAGAGAUUUCAAAGGCAAAUUACUGGAAACCACUGAAACCUUAAAAGAAUCCAACCAUGCUCGCUUUAUUGAUCUUUAUUAUUUGUGCACACAUAAAACAUGCAAAUUCUGAAAAAAUCUUUAUAUUGGAGGAAGUAGCUAUAUCAUUUUUGAAUGCUUGUCAAUUGGCUGUACAACAAUUUGGAGUAUUAUUCUAUUUCUUUUCCUGAUAAAAAAAGAUUAUUUGGUGAGCUCUUUAUUUUUCUGUGCGAUGGCUUGAAUAGGGCAUUUGAUUGCGAUUGUCACAUGGCUUAGCGUGACAGAAGUUACAUAUAAUGGAGAUUGCCAUAAUUCAGAUAAUGCUAAUAUUGAUAUAUGUACAGAAGACGGACCAAAAUUAUCAUUGGCUAUUCUGGUGUUUAUCACAAUAGUCAAUGCUUCAUUUUUAAUUAUAGCAAGAACAGUGAUAAUUGAAAAAGUGUCAUAUGAAGAGCGACGUUUAAAUUCACUUGAAGACAAAUCUGAAGCGCAAUUGAUAAAUAGAAACGCUGAAAAUGACACCCAGUUUAUCAUGAAAGGGGAAAUCAGCACAGAAAAAUUAAAAGCAACUGAUUUAUUGAAUCUUACUCGCAAUUAA